AACUUGUACCUCUUUGACACUGAAUGACGCUUGUCACUUACCAAUUGUCAGAGGUUGUGUCAGUCCGUCGAGUACUCCGUCAUGGCAGCUGCUCAAAUCUGUGGCAUAUUUCUUCUUCUGGUGGCUGUUGCCUCGCCCACUGCCAAGAUUAACUGUAAUGACGGCAACUACUACAUUCGUGCAGAUCCGGAAUCCUGCAGCCACUUUUACAAAUGUGACAACGGGCGGCCUGUGAGGUUCACGUGUCCUAGUGGCCUCUUUUACAACCCCACUUCAUACGUGUGUGACUGGCCGUACAACGUAAAAUGUGAGAACAACGGGCAGAACAAUGGCGGACAGAAUUAUAAUGGUAAUAAUGGUCAAUACAAUGGUAAUACUGGACAAGGACAAUACAAUGGUAAUACUGGACAAGGACAAUACAAUGGCAACACUGGAGGUCAAAAGAAUAACGGCAACAAUGGCCAAGGACAGAAAAGUGGAAAGUAUAAACAAUACAAUGGAAACAAUGGAGGUCAACAGUAUAACGGUAACAAUGGCCAAUACCAAGAUAGUGGGAACAAUGAAGAACACAAUGGGAACAAUGGGCAAGGUCAAUACAAUGGUAAUAAUGGAGGUCAAAAGUAUAAUGGAAAUGGUGGACAAGGUCAAAAUACUGGAAACAAUGGACAGUACAAUGGGAACAAUGGGCAAGGACAGUACAAUGGGAACUCUGGACAAGGACAAUACAAUGGUAACAAUGGAGGUCAAAAGUAUAACGGAAACAAUGGACAAGGCCAGAAUUCUGGAAACAAUGGGCAGUACAAUGAUGAUAACGGACAAGAUCAGAACAACGGGGGAAAUCAAAACGAACACGAUGACAGUAUCUUCUACCCUGUGCAGAAACCACCAACCAACCCCCAAGACACUAGUGUAGGACCGUCAGUGCAGGACCCUCCUGGACCACUGGACCGACCCCGGCCUACUUAUGACCAGUUGUUCUCCGGAAAUCAACAUCCUUACCAGCCUUACCUGAACCAAAGUAAUGACAAUGACAUCUGAAAAUAAAUAUUCAGUUUAAGGAAAAUAAGUUAAUCCUAAUAAAAAGUAUGUGUGUACUAUAA